AUGGCUUCCCACGUCGUCGUUAUAGAUGCUGCUUACAAGCGCUAUCCGAUCAAAGUCACUCCCGCCACUUCUCUACGCAACGUCCUCGAGCAGACAUGCAACAAGCUCAACCUCGACCCCGAUCAGCACAUCCUCAAGAAUAAUAAGGACAGACCCGUCGACCUCUCUUUGCCCUUCCGUCUCUCUGGCCUUGUCUCAGGUGCAAAGCUUACCCUCGUCCAGUCCUCGCGCUCGCCCUCUGCCGUCAAAGUCGCCCUCCAACUACCUGCUGAGGAUAACUCGCCACGCCUAGAAGACCACUUCCCCAGCAACACUCCACUCUGGCUCAUCCUGCGCAAGUUCGAGGAUGGUGUCGCUGGAGCCACAAACAAACUCAACCUCACCGAGCGAAGCGCUCCGAGCACAGAGACCGGCAAUGGCUACCUCUGCUACCUACAACCCUGUCUGAACAUUGGAGGCAGCGCGAGAGAGUUAUCUACCUUCUUGGAUUUACAAAAGUCCCUCGCUCAACUUGGUCACAACCACGGCAAUGUUUUGAUCAGGCUGUCGUUCAAGAACGAGGGUGUGCGCAUGGAAGAGGCCAAGGCCCAAAUUACCACAUACUUGCAAGCUCUAUCACCACAAACCGCUUCUGAGGUGCAGACUGCAUCGUCACACGGUGCACACGCCGCUCCCGACGGGCAGCUCUCGUCACUCCCUAACGCAGAUGCUGACAACUCUGCCGUGCCACGAGAAGACGAUGCCGCCCAGGAUCCAUCAGAGGACACUGUCAUGACUCCUGCUCCUGAACUCGCUCCUGCCGAGGAACCUGCACAAGAAGACGAUGUGAUAGCAUCAUCUUCGACGACUCAAAUGCCCUCAACCGAGAGUCAAUUUCCAUCGCUAGACACAGGCGUCUCGAUCUACGCUGCUCCUUCCGACAACACUCCGUUUGCUGCAAGACAGACAUACAACGAAGCGGAUUACAUGCCCUCUGUCGAACACGCUAACGCACACCAAGCCAGUCUCCUUAAGCAAGGUAGAAAUACUCGCCUACCAUCCGACAAGGAGAUUGCUGCCAAGAGUGCGACCAAAGCAGCUGCUCUCGACGAGAUCAAGGCUGCUGCUCUUCGCAUUCGCUUCCCAGACAUGAUGAUGGUUGAGUGGCGAGCUUCGCAAUCAGACACAUCCGAAUUUCUCUACACAAAGGUUAGAGAGAUGCUCGAUGAUCCUUCGCUCAAGUUCAGGCUACAGAUCGCCGGAUUCAAGAUGCAACCACUAGUUUUCGACCCUUCAGGUCAACAAAAGCUCAUCAAGGAUCUGGGUAUCAGGGAUCGCUCUCUGAUCACAUUCGUCUGGGACGACAGUGUGCCCAAAGAGACGCGUGACAAACCACUACUGAAGCAAGCAUUGAGAACACAAGCCAGAGCAUUGGAGGUGAAGGAACCAGUUGCAGAGGAAGAGACCAAACAGGCACCUGCA